UUUGAUCAAAGUCCUAGGGCAAACUUGCAUACCAGGAUCAUCUAGGGAGGACGCUUCUCAUCUGUGAACUUACACUGAGAAAAAUGUCUGGAGAUGAAGCUGUUGUGGUUGAGGCUGCUGGUGCCCCUCCUCUAGGUGAGACCUUGGACCUCAUGACAGCCUUGCAGCUUGUCCUGAGGAAAUCAUUGGCUCAUGGUGGACUUGUACGAGGCCUCCAUGAAGGUGCUAAGGUGAUUGAGAAACAUGCUGCCCAGCUCUGUGUAUUGGCAGAGGACUGCAACCAGCCUGACUAUAUUAAACUUGUCAAAGCGCUUUGUGCUGACCAUAAUGUCAGCCUUAUAUCAGUGCCUAGUGCUAAAACUCUUGGUGAAUGGGCUGGUCUGUGCAAAAUUGAUUCUGAAGGGAAAGCAAGGAAGGUGGUCGGUUGUUCUUGUGUUGUUGUGAAGGAUUAUGGGGAAGAAACUCCAGGUCUUCAUAUAGUCCAGGAGCAUGUGAAGUCCAAUUGAGUCAGCUGGGGAGAAUGAAGCUCUUUUGCUUUAACAGAGGCUUUCCUAGUAGUGCUGUACCUUCUCCUUUAAUAUUGUUUUUGAUUAUGAUACUGGAUAGUGAGAAAACAAGUUGAAAAUGAUGUGAUCAUGAGGAGUGUUUGAAGUAACUUCUUUGGAUUUUGGGAACUUUGGAAUCGUGUGAGCUAUAUCCAGCUCUUUUUGGUCUUUAAAGGAAUGUUCUUUACUUAUAUUUUACUUUUCA